CCUUACAGUAUAAAUAAGAAAGCCCUGAGAGUCCAGUUGCUCCCUUUGAGAGCACCAUUUUUUUUAAACUCGGAUGUACCCACGAAAAAACUAGACAUAAGCCACUCAAGGACCAAUUACUUUUAAAAAAAUCUUUUGUGUUCAUUAACCCACCUCGUUCCUGUGUGAUCCAGCUCAAGGGGGGCACUUGUGAGUCACCCAAGCGCGGUCAUGAGUGCGCUCCUGCCGGCGUGGACGUGUCUGCUGCUCGGGCUCCUUCCCCUUGACGUCCAGACUCGGCCUUUGAUCCAUCAGAACCUCGGUACCAGAUACAGGUCACACAAAUCUUCCAAAUACAUGAUGCUUUCUUACACCACCAUGACACCUGCUACAUUGGAUCACUCUGUUGCCCUGGACGACCCCAUCACCCUGGCAGACAGACGCUACCGCUGGAGGGCCAUACUAAAAAGGGAGCCCCCGCUGUGGUUGUCCGAACUGUUGUUCCAUCAGGAAGCGCUGUCAUUGGCUCGAAAGGGUAGGUUACGAGGUCGUCGCCACGCCAACAACGGGGGCCGGAGGGGGCAGCUGUUGAGGGUCGGGUGCGUCCUGGGGACCUGUCAGGUUCAGAACCUGAGCCACCGCCUCUACCAGCUGAUUGGACAGAGCGGGAGGGAAGACUCCUCCCCCAUCAAUCCCCGCAGCCCUCACAGCUAUGGCUAAGACUUUAAUAUUAAAGGCUCACUUCUUGGAUUUUAUUUAUCAGUCCAUCAUAGAACUGUGCUCUAACUAAUUUGCUUGAAAUUCCUCGGCUUUAGCCUGACACCUUUUGUUGUUGUUUUGAUAAUUUUUGAUAAUAUAAUUUUAAUGAGUAGAAAGUAAUUUUACCUGUCAUGACCACUAUGGCAUUAGUAAUAUGCUGUAUGUACAGUAUGUACACACUAAACAAAUAUUAGGCACAUCGAUAUGAUAUACUGAGAUCCACUACAAGUUACGAGUCUACAAUUCUGCCUUUACUAAUGUAAGUCAGUAUAGAAUAAGUACAGCGCAAACCCUGGCCAAACAUGACUCAUCUGAUUCUAAAAGUACAAUUAUUGUUCUACUUCAAUCCUGUAGGUAGCAGUAAUGCACAUCAGCUGUCUGCCCACUUUCAAGUCCGCCAUAGAACACACACAUUUUUCAUUUUUAAAAUGACUGUCCUUGUAAAACACUUCAGAAAGGCAGAUUUUUUCAAAUACUAGCGUCAAACCUCGGUUCUCGUAUACCCGAGUUUUUGGAUGAUUCAGUUUUCGUCAAAAAUUUUCCCCAAAAUUUCUCCUUGGUUUUCCUACACUGUCUCGGUUUACAUACAAAAUUGUACAUAAAAAACUAGUCAGUUUGCCCUGUACUGUAUCAUUCCACGAAAUCAAGCGCCAAAACGAAGCACCCUACGCGUUGCUAAGUCAUUGUCUGUGCAUUUUUUAUUGAGUGUUACUUCUAAAUAACCUGCCAUGGGGCCAAAGAAUGUUGGGACUGCCAGCAAUUUGAUAAAGAAGGAGAGAAACACUCUUGAAUUCAAUCUCACCAGAAUGUAUGGGAAGUCCGCAUCAACAAGUUCCAUCCAUUCGUCAUAUAUAUAUAAAAUAGAAAAUCUAUAAAAAUAUUUUGUUCAUAUUUUUGAGUAUGUGGAACGAAGUACUGUAAUUGGAUUUACAUUAUUUCCUAUGGUACCUGGUACAGUUGGUACAGUUUUGGUACCUUUCAGUUUUUGUUGAACCUUUUGGAAUGAAUGAAUAAUGAAACUGAGGUACCACUGUACUGUGAUACGAAUUGAAUUAGAUCUGAGCUCUCAGUUCAGCCUUCCUGUGCCUCAAACAGACACUAAUCACCCAGGCAGAAUAAGUGGCCUCACAGUUUACUUACAGCCAAUCAGAGGAGAGGAGGUGUUAAAGGGAAAUUAAGUGCAUAUUUACAGAUCAUUCGUGCAUGAGUCAGUCUACAAUUGUGGUUGUCCACGGUGGAAUGAAGCCUUGCUUUAAUUUAUAAUUUGCCAUGCUUGAUAGUUGCCUUUAACCUGUUAUAGUGGACUGUGCAAGUGCUACUUGCCAUGACGUCAAACGUUACAAGGAAGCACUGUAUUCUUCCUCAUAUUGACUGUUAACUUUUUGUGUUAUUUAACUUUAAAAUGUACAGUACAUGCCAUGUGUUACUUAGCCUCGAAUAUCAUUUCAUGAGAGUCUAAGUGGAAGAAUUGUGUAAUAAAACAUGCUGUAAAACGCUAUUACAUCGUAUUUGUUCAAUGACCUUGUAUAAGGUGCAACGUGACCUUAUUAUUAAUGUUGCUAACCAAUAUGUUUGAUUGGAAAAUGCAGCUCUCGCAUACACACACACACACACAAGCACUCAUUGAGAAAUGUCCAAACUGCUUGCCUGAAAUUGUCAAGUGUACCAUGACAUUGCACUCUGUGU